GCGCUUUCUGUCGUUGUUGUUAAAGCAGCAUCUACAGUUUUCUCACCAUCACCGCAGUCAGCAUGUCGCAUCAGACCGCACGCCGCGCACAAGCGCCUACAAGUCUCGAAUGUCCGCUGGCAUCAUUGGGACGCAACAGUAGCACCGUCAUCGAUUCGCUGACGGGACAUCAUCAACCGCCAUACCAUCAUCCACUCAGUUCCAGUCCACUCGAUCCGCAGGUCUAUCAAAUGUCACGUAAAUCGCCGGACCUCAGCAUCGAUGCGGACGAUAUCAUCUAUACACCAUCAGCUUCGCAGCAAGGUGAUACCGUAGAUGGACUGCUCAAUGAAUUGGUUAACAUUGAAGAAGAUGCGGAAACUGCUGCUGUAGCUGCAUCGGCGAUGAAUGCGACGGCGCAACGUAAUCACACGUUACCAGAAAUGUAUCAGUUGCCACAUAGCGGCUCACAUGGCGGUGGUACAACAGCUGGCCGUAUAACUAGACAUCAGGGUGGACGUUGCAGCGUACCGACGGUGUCAAGUGCGGUCAAUGGUGGUAGCACACGUAAUAUGCAAUACUUUUUGGAGAAGAAAAUGGACGCGCUCUACUUGGGCAAUGCGAUACGCGCGCUUCCCUUGGGUUCGGAGGCGAGUCACUUUCAGAAUGAGCGCUAUUUUCUCGAAGACGGACUGCGUAAUAUAUGCAAUUAUAAUAAUGGUACCGAACGAUUAGCGGACGCGCACUACUUGCGCCACCACGCCUCCAGUCCGAGCGAAACGAGCGGUUCCGAUCGUUACCUGCUAAAUCGCACCGGUUCACCGACGGAUGCAUUCAGCUCUUCCAAUCAUUUGGAAAAUUUUGCCAACACCAGCAACAAUACCACAUCCUCUAACCUUGCGCUGGACCAACGUUUCCACCACACCAAAGUGAAAAGUCUCUCCGAUGGGCUCUGCAAUAUCGGACGCUUCUCACCUAGUCUGGAUCAAGGUUAUGCCACGCUUGUUUCGCCCUCGCCAACUGGCCAUCAUCCAAACACAAUCACAACGCAUAGCAUCGUACACCACCCACCGCCGUCGACGACCACUUUAACAGCAGUGACACGCACACGACACGACAAUGUCGCGCCACCACCAUGGAAUAAGAAGACCUUCCGUUCGGGACCACUCUUCGAUCGGCUACCCGACGAUGUGGUUUUGAAGAUUUUCAAUUGGUUCGACAGUUGUGAAUUGUGUAUUUUGGCGCGCGUGUGUCGACGUUUCGACCAACUCGCCUGGCGUCCAGUGCUCUGGAAGGUGAUCUCGCUGAAAGGUGAACACCUGAAUGGCGAUAAGACACUAAAAAUGAUUUUCCGACAAUUGUGCGGGCAAACAUGCAAUGGUUCGUGUCCGGAAGUAGAGCGUGUAAUGCUCUCCGAGGGCUGUCGAAUUUCCGACAAGGGUUUGCAGUUGUUAACGCGACGCUGCCCGGAAUUGACACAUUUGCAGCUACAAACCUGCAUGCAGGUGUCGAAUCAAGCGCUCAUGGACGUACUUACAAAAUGUACAAAUUUGCAGCAUCUCGACGUGACGGGCUGUAGCCAGGUGGUUAGCAUCAGCACGCAUCCAAACCUGGAACAACCACGCCGUCUGCUACUGCAAUAUUUAGAUCUGACGGAUUGUCUUGUCUUAGACGACGUCGGGCUUAAAAUCGUGGUGAAAAACUGUCCACAGCUGGUGUAUUUAUACCUUAGACGCUGUAUAAAAGUUACAGAUGCCGGCUUGAAAUUCGUACCAAGUUUUUGCAUCGCACUCAAGGAGCUCAGCAUAUCCGAUUGCGUGAACAUUACCGAUUUCGGUCUCUAUGAACUCGCCAAACUCGGCGCUGUUUUACGGUACCUCUCCGUGGCGAAGUGUGAUCGCGUCUCCGAUGCUGGACUCAAAGUGAUCGCGCGUCGCUGCUAUAAGCUGCGUUAUCUAAAUGCGCGCGGCUGUGAAGCGGUUAGCGAUGAUUCCAUCACCGUAUUGGCACAUUCCUGUCCGCGUCUGCGUGCACUUGACAUCGGCAAGUGCGAUGUAAGCGAUGCGGGUCUGCGUGCGCUCGCCGAAAGUUGUCCGAAUUUGAAGAAGCUCAGUUUGCGGAAUUGUGAUAUGAUAACGGACCGUGGCGUGCAGUGUAUUGCUUACUACUGUCGUGGCCUACAACAACUGAACAUACAGGAUUGCCAGAUAUCGAUCGAGGGCUAUCGCGCGGUGAAGAAGUACUGUAAGCGCUGCGUUAUAGAACACACAAAUCCAGGUUUCUGUUGAGCCGUCAGGUGUUAGAUGUCGUAGUCGUACGCAUGGUUAUUUUCAUUUUUAGUUAAGUGUGUGUCGCACAGUGGUGUAUAGAGGCAAUAUAAUGAAUUUUCUUUAUGUGCAUUUAGGUUUUUCUGAACUUAAUGAAAUUAGAAAUAUUUCACCAAAUGAAAUUAAAUUGAAGUAGCAAACAUGAUUUCGUUAGCAUUUGCUAUGCUCCUCACUUGAAAUACUCUGCAUUUAAACUUAUUCUCAUAAAGCAAUUUUCAUCUAAACUUGGAUUCGUAAACAGAGUUGCAAAUCUUCAAAUUAUACACAGCUGUCAGAAAAUCAUAUGCACCCAAAUACAACGUUAUAACUGUAUAGUUGUCAUUUCCUUUUAGCCCAUCUGAUUCCCUAAUAAGCUACUUUGGAACGCAAACGCAGCUUAUAAUUGAUUUUGCAAUUUUUUAUUGAAUUCCACCAAACUUGUCAGUUUACGGAAAAUAAUGCUUAGCAAAUAUUUACAUAUGUAUGUAGGUGUAUUUUACUUUUUUAUUUUUAAUUUUGUAGAAGCAAUGUUAGGUACAUACAUAUGUGCUGUCUCAAGCGUUGU